ACGCUCACACUGAAUCAUAUUCCAUAUCCAAUGAGGCAUGCGUUCAUUGAAACCGGAUAUCGUCAAUUGCACAAACCUUGGUCUUACUACUACCUUAGCGUUGCUAAAUGGCACAACGAAACCUUGAAUGUUUGGACGCAUGUUAUCGCUUCAAUUAUUAUCCCCUACUACGGUGUGCAAUUCCAUCAAAAACAUGAUCUACUCUAUUCGUCUGAAGGAAACAAAAUGUUAGUGUGUUUCCUGGGCUGUCUUACCUUGACCGUUUUGAGUUCUAUUGCUCAUUGGUUUGGAUCACGCUCAGUAAAAAGUCAUGUGAUAUUUUUUCUUAUGGAUUAUUCCGGGAUUGCACUUUACGUCUAUACAACCAGUGUAGUGGCAUUGUACAUAUGUGGUGAUAUUCAUUCGUUUGAAACGUUACGGCCGUUCUACGUUCAGGUCGGUGUUGUGUUAGCAACUAUUUGUUUUGCAAUCAAUUGUGCGGCAAAGGUUUGGAUAGAGAAUAAAUCAUUUUCUUCGAUGAAGAAAUUUGGGAUGAUUGCUCCCUAUAUCCUAUUUGCACUUUACGUAUCGUGUCCGCUUUUUCCAAGAUAUUGGCAUUGUUACCUUGACAGCAAAUGUGCCUUAUAUUCCUUGAAUAACAUCACCUUGUGUUAUGCAUUAUUUGUACUGGAAGCUAUCGUCUAUGCUUUACAUAUUCCCGAACGUUGGAAAGCGAAAUCGUUCGACCAUUGUGGACAAAGUCAUCAAAUAUUCCAUAUUUCUGUUUUAGUCACCAUGGUGGUACAGAUU